CUCGCGAGAUAAUGACGUGCGAAUCCCGGAAAGGGCAGAGUCAACCGUAUUUACGCUUCGUCUCCACGGGCACAUUUAGUUAAGAACCGAUUUUUAAAAAGUUUUAGUUGGCCAAAAUGGGGAAAGCCGAUUUUUUCUCACCCAAGGCGAUAAGCAACCGGAUAAAAUCCAAAGGUCUCCAAAAACUGAGGUGGUAUUGUCAAAUGUGUCAAAAACAAUGCCGAGAUGAGAAUGGCUUCAAGUGUCACUGCAUGUCCGAGUCCCACCAGAGGCAACUGCUGCUCGCCUCGGAAUGCCCAAACAAGUUCAUGGACCAUUUCUCCAACGAGUUCAAAAACGGCUUUGUGGAGCUGCUGCGGCGACGAUUCGGGACAAAGCGGGUUCACAACAACAUCAUAUACAACGAGUACAUCAGCGACCGCCAACACAUCCACAUGAACGCCACGCGCUGGGAAACGCUCACCACGUUCACCAAGUGGCUGGGGCGACAAGGUCUUUGCAAGGUGGACGAGACGCCGAAGGGCUGGUACAUCCAGUACAUCGACCGCGACCCCGAGACCCUCCGCCGGCAGGAGGAGCUGGCGAGGAGGAAGAAGCACGAGCUGGACGACGAGGAGCGCAGCGCCAAGUUCAUCGAGGAGCAGGUCCGCAGAGGCCGCGACGGCAAGGAGGAGGAGGCGGAAGACCCGGUUUACACCGAGCUGAAGCGAGAGCAUGAAGAGGAAAAAGUCACGUUCAACCUGGGCGCCGGCACAUCGCUAGCAGGUCCUUCCGCAUCGAGUUCCCUCCUGGCCCCAAGUGCUCUGGCCAAGACGUCAUCGGCGAAGAGGAAAGAGCCGUCCUCUGCUUCCGACUCGCGGGACAAGAAGCGAAAGUCCGCCCUGGAGCAGAUCAUCGAGAUGGAGGAGAGGAAGAAGCAGCAGCAGCAGCCGUCGCCCGUCAAGACCGACCAUUGGCUGCACCCCAACAUUGUGGUCAAGGUGGUCACCAAGAGGCUUGGGGACAAGUACCACAAGAAGAAGGCCGUCAUCAUGGAGGUGCGAGAGAAAUUCACGGCGGUGGUGAAGAUGAUCGACUCUGGGGACAAACUCAAACUGGACCAGAACCACGUGGAGACGGUGAUACCCGCACCAGGAAAGCGCGUGAUGAUUGUCAACGGAAAGUUCCGUGACACGGAGGCCGUGCUGGAGGGCAUCGACGAGAAGAAGUUCUGCGCUUCGCUAACGCUCGAUUCCGGUCCACAAAAAGGAACGCGCGUGGAUGUCGCCUACGAGGACUUCUCCAAACUGGCUUGAGCAAACUUUUUUCUCCUUCUCUAAUCUACUACGUCAGAGUUGCAAUAUUUCUUCAUCUGGCAGACAGCGCUAAUUUCUUUUUUUCAAACCGGCAGAUUGCUCCGAUGAUACCUUUUCUAUCGAUUCAACGCGACCAAUCAUUAUUUCAACUUUGGGAGUAAUGAACCCGCAAAUAAGACAUUGGUGGGAAAAAAAAAGUCCUGUUUUUUCUCUUUUCUUUUUCUCCUUUUGUUUUUGAAGACUCUCCUAUUCCAUUGAGAGGAAGCUGUGGAGGUCAGGGACGAUGUAGGCGCUGUAGUGGCCGUCGAUGAACCCUUUUCCGCUGUUGUGCACGAACCAGCAGUAGACGUCGGAGCCGCGUCGCUUGUCGCGUCUGUAGUCCUUCUGCCAGCCCCUGGGGAGCGCGGCCAGCAGAGGGCGCCACCGUUAGGACCUAAAACCUGUCUUAUUGUAAGCGGGGGGGUUGACCUACCUGGUGACCUGCAGCUUGUUGCCCUUCACCUCCAUGGUGGCCUCCUUCUUUUGGGGGUCGGCGCCAUCGCGGAUGUCAUAAAUGGUCACAUCGGGCUCUUGGGAGAACUGACCUAAGGGGCCACAUGGCGCACACCCAAUCUUUUAGCGUCGCGAAGGGACAAUAUUUGUGUACAUUGAUUUCAUUAGGAAGCUCAGCACCUCUCCAAUAAACGCUGUGUUUUGCUCAUCA